AUGGAGACUGAGAAAUGUCGGCGAAACUCCUUGCAUGCGCCGGACCUUGUCCGCGAUGACAUCGCCAUCCUGCAUGAUCGGGAUGCCGAACAGAUCCUGCCGUACGAGGCCAACGACUCGCCUUUCCCAGAGGUGCGGGCAGUCAUUCAGCCAGUCAAUGACCUGACCUUGCCCGUCAAUACGGUCCGCAUGUGGACCAUUGGCCUCGUCUUCACCAUUAUCGGCAGUGGAUUGAAUCAAUUCUUCAGCUUGCGACAGCCCAGUGUGACUAUCAGCGCCUUGGUGGCCCAACUGUUGGCCUUUCCGGUGGGAUGCGCCUGGGCGAAAUGGAUGCCCCUGGGGAUGCUGAAUCCAGAUCGGCACUUUAAUAUCAAGGAGCAUGCUUUGAUCACCAUCAUGGCCAAUGUGUCAAUUGGCUCCGCGGCAGCAACGCAGGUCAUUGAAGCUUUGGUGAAGUUUUAUAACAUGCCGUCGCAGGGCGGCUUUGAAGUAUUGCUGUGCAUCACGACGCAACUGUUUGGCUUCGGCUUGGCCGGUAUGGCUUCGCGCUGGCUUGUGGUACCAGCAGCAAUGCUGUGGCCGCAGGUGCUGUCGAAUGCGGCCCUUCUAACCACGCUGCACUCCCGCGUCAAUGCCGUCGCAGAUGGCUGGCGCAUCACACGUCUCCGCUUCUUCCUUUAUAUCUUCAUCGGUGGCGGCAUCUGGUAUUUCGCCCCAGGCUAUCUCUUCACGGGUCUCAGCACCUUCAACUUUAUCUGUUGGAUUGUACCCUCGAAUGUGGUGGUCAAUCAGCUCUUCGGACAAACGACAGGACUGGGCAUGUCGAUGUUGACCUUCGACUGGGCUCAGAUAGUCUACGCCAAUCAAAGUCCUCUGCUGGUGCCGUUCUGGGCUGGCCUGAAUGUGAUGGGGUCGUUUGCGCUGUUUUUCUGGCUUUUAUGCCCCUUGGUCUACUAUACUAAUACGUGGUACUCCGCAUAUAUACCACUCCUCAAUUCCAACACUUUCGACAACACGGGAAGUACCUAUAACACGAGCCGCAUUAUAAAUACUGCUGGCCAAGUCGACCAAUCUGCCUAUCGAGAUUACUCACCCAUGUUCCUUCCGGCUGGCUAUGCAAUCACAUUUGGUGUUGCCUUUGCGAAUCUGACUGGGAUCUUCUUCCACGUUGGACUAUACCAUGGUAAAGACUUAUGGCAACAAUGGAAGGGUACUUGCAAACAAGAUGUUCAUGGCCGACUCAUGUCAGUCUAUCGCCACGUGCCCUGGUGGUGGUUUGUUGCAAUUACCGUCUUGAUGUUUGCCCUGAGCAUUGUAACCAACGAGGUAUGGCACACUGGGCUGCCAGCCUGGGGUGUGUUGGUGGCUUUCUUGAUGCCCAUGAUCUACAUCAUCCCAGUGGGCAUUAUUAAAGCCCUAACAAACAUCAGCAGCAAUCAGCUGAAUCUGCUCACCGAAUUCAUUGGUGGAUAUGCCUUUCUCGGGCGGCCAGUGGCCAACAUGGCCUUCAAAUUCUAUGGCUACGUCGCUGUCCAGCAAGGAUUAGAAUUCGUUGCGGAUAUGAAACUGGCUCACUAUAUGCACAUUGCACCACGAACCCUGUUUGUUGCCCAGGGUCUUGCCACGCUGGUUGGGGCUAUCGUUCAGUGCGGAGUGACGGUCUUCAUGAUCACCCGAAUCAAGGGCGUUUGUACAUCUGAUGCAGAGGGAAGUUUCACAUGUCCUCAUGGGAGAGUCACAUACUCUUCCUCGCUUGUCUGGGGAGCCAUUGGUCCAGGUCGAUUGUUCUCCUCAGGGCAGAUAUACAGCAACUUGCUGUGGUUUUUCCUCGUUGGUCCUGCCGCAGUGGUGGUUACCUACCUACUAGGUCGUCGGUGGAAAUCCGUCAACUAUCUCUCCUGGCCUGUCGCCUUUGGUGCCAUGAGCCAGGUUCCACCAGCUACAGGUAUCAGCUUUUCUUCUUGGUGGAUUGUAAAUUUAAUCUUCAACGGUAUCCUGCGUCGCCGCAAACCCGCGUGGUGGUCAAAGUAUAACUACGUUUUGUCUGCCGCGCUCGACUGCGGUGUUGCAGUGGCAACAGUGAUCAUAUUCUUCUGCAUCACUCUCCCUGCUGGUUCAUUGAGCUGGUGGGGAAACACCGUAUCAACCAAGACAGCGGACGGUCAAGGCACUCCCUAUAAAAGCCUGCCGGUCCAGGGCUACUUUGGGCCUCCACGAGGAUCAUGGGAGUGA